GUUCAUACUUUAUCUUCAUUAUAAAGAACAACAAAUGGUUCGACAAUUCACCGCAGAUAACAUACACCAGCGAUUAAUUAUAUUGAUGCGUUCAACCUCCUGUUAUCCUGUGUCCGCGUGAGGGCGCAGUGAUACUGACUCUUUGAUCAUUCUAUGCGGUUAUCUCAAUGCCCCCAGACAAUAGUGAGAGUUGAGUUCAGCUCCAGCAUUGAGUAGUGUGCCAAGCCAUUGUGACUUUCCUAAUAACAAGACAGUAUAAACCGUGCUUCUACAUCUGCAUUGCUUGCUGUUUGGGGUUUUAGACUGGGUUUCUGUACAAACACAUUGUGACAUCGGCUGAUGCAAAAAGGGCUUUAUAAAUACAUUUGAUUGAUUGAGUAUAAGACAUGAUAUGAUUCUCGUUAAACAAAUAGCAGGCCUACUUCCAUCAAAACGCUAUGUUAAAGGUUGCUGGGUAACAAACCAUUGUCAUAUAUUAGUGGAGCCUUUAUACAUAAAAUAAAGUCUAUAUCCUAUGCAUUUGUCCACAAUUUUCCCCGAACAGUUUCUGAAAGGGGAAAGAAAUUCGCCAUAAUGGAGGCUCAGGGAUGAUAAUAUAAUAUAUAUUCUUUGGAGGGGGUAAUGGAGCCCGUCGCAGGCUAUAUGAGGGUUUCCACUAGUUACCACAACCACACAUUUGUAAAAAUUAAAUGUGCUUUUUUGUAUUCAUUUAAGGUUAAGGUUAGGUAUACGGAUAGAAGUGUGUUUAAAGUAAGGGUUCAUGUUAGGCUUAGGUUUAAAAUCACAUUUUAAGAAGAUACAUUUUUGAAAUUGCGGGGUUUACGACUUUGUGGCAGUGGUAACUAGUGACGACCCUAUAGGAGCCGACACAGCCAGCCCGUCCGCCUCACGCCGCAGCGCUGCAGUCUACCACACUCACCACGCCCCUAAGUGGGUGGAGUCUUCCCUCCAACUCAGAGAGAGGUUUGAGGAACGACUAUAACACUCCAUAGCCCAGCACAAUGCGUGUCAGAGAUCUGUCUGUGCGACACAAGAGUAGAUGUGUGCUCCUAAUCUAGUUUAUCACUGAACUGCGAGAGAGAGAGAUUCGACAAAACACGACUCACACCACAACAUCAGUCAACGCGAGGAUUUCCAAGUGUGGGAUAAAAUGCCGGCGAUUAUAGGUAAAAAUUCCGACAUGGAGUUCGACUCUCUACAACCCUGCUUCUACCCGGGCGAGGAUGACUUCUAUUUCUGCGGUCCCGACUCUGCGCCACCCGGAGAGGACAUCUGGAAGAAAUUCGAGUUGCUGCCCACGCCGCCCCUCUCCCCGAGCCGAGCGGCGCUACCGGGGGAGCUGGCCUUCGCGUCCGGGGGAGACAGAGGCGACUCGGAAGCAGGUCCCAUGGGUUUUGGAUUAGGCGACCCGCUGGGCUGCGACUGGGCUUCAGAGCUCCUGUUCCUGCCCGAAGACGAUAUUUGGGGCGCGUCGGACGGAGACCUGUUCGGCGGCUGCUCCGCUUUGGAUAGUAACCCCAACUCCAUUAUCAUUCAGGACUGUAUGUGGAGCGGCUUCUCGGCCAGGGAAAAGCUCCAGAGGGUGGUCACAGAAAAGCUAGGCAAAGCCAUCUCCACCGCGGCUGCCUGUGGAGUUAGUAAAAAUGUCACUACCGCCGCGGCCAUCACAACCAAGGCGCCGGAGCUGAGUGUGGACCCCACGAUAGUCUUCCCUUUCCCCAUCAACAAAAGAAACGGUAGCAGCAGCAGCAGAUGUCCACCUGGGACGGCCCCCGCCACUACUGCCCACUGUAGCGCAGUGGGCAGUACUCCGAGCGACUCCGAAGAUGAUGAAGAUGAUGACGAAGAUGAGGAGGAAGAUGAGGAGGAGGACGAUGAUGACUCAGACGGCGAAGAGAUCGAUGUGGUCACUGUGGGGAAGCGGCGUGGCUUGUCGCCAAUGGCGACUGGCACGGUCACCAUCUCGGUGCGGUCGAAGACGGGCACCGCUUCUGGGGCUGUGGUUUCAUCUGGUGUCGUGAGUCGAUUUGUCAGCAACCGGGGGUCUGCGGGGUCAAACUGUCAUGGGCAGGAGUUGAUCCUCAAGCGGAGCUCGGUCCACCAGCAGCAGCACAACUACGCCGCUCCCUCGCCGUACGCCUCUGACGACGAUCAUACGCCCCCCUCCAAGAAACACAAGUCAUCUAACGCUCCUCGUCAAUACUCCCGUCCCACCUCUUCAUCAUCAUCGCCAUCAUCCUCGACAUUCUGCGGCUCCCUGACUGUGCCAUCAUCAACAAUGCCGGGUUCUAGAUCCAAACGCUACGCCAGCGGUGCCAGUAGCCCACGCUGCGGCUCCUCCGGUAACUCCGACUCCGAAGACUCCGAACGGCGGCGAAACCACAAUAUCCUGGAACGCCAGCGGCGCAACGACCUGCGCUCAAGUUUCCUCACGCUCCGCGAUCAUGUGCCCGAACUGGCGAGGAACGAGAAGGCGGCCAAGGUGCUGAUCUUGAAGAAAGCGGCGGAGUAUGUGUCGUCGCUGGAGACGGAUGAACUGCGGCUGACUCAGGAGAAGGACAGGCUGCAGGCACGGAGGCAACAGCUAAUGAAGCGACUCGAGCAGGCCAGGACUUGCUAAGACUUUUUAGUGGCACAUGACGCACACACACACACACACACACACACAGAGAGACAGAGACAUAGACACACACACAUAAAAAAUGCUUUUCUUAAAACUGCAUUGUUGGUUAAGGGCUUGUAAGUAAGCAUUUCACUGUAAGGUUAUAUUCGGCGCAUGUAACAAAUAAAAUUUGAUUUGAUAUAUUUGAUAUAUACACACGAACAUACACACACACACACACAUAUAUAUAUAUACACUCAGACACACCCAGAUGACCCCCCCCCCGCUUUGUCUCAACUUAUAUAUAUGUAUACACACACACAAACACACACACACACGUGAGCGACAAAUGACGGGGUGGACGGGACAUUCACUGACGCCACUUUCUUUGCACAUUUGUUGACGUUAAGAAUGUUUAGGGUUCUACGUUUUUCAAUCCGGUCACAUUGAGAAGAAGGAAAGAAGAGAAUAGAAGGAGGGAGGAGAAGGGAAGAAGAGAUGGAGCUCCUCUUGGUCCUCUCUCUAUUUCUUGUUGUUUCUUGUUGUACUCAAUGUGACACUUAUAGCCCUAACCCAAACCAGGUGACUUUCAAAGGGGUCUUGUUCAUGAGGGCACAUCGUGGCAAAAUGUUUUGCAACGGAAAGUGAAAAUAAGCAUUUCUCAAUGGACACGAUCAGGUAUUCGCUCUCUGUUUCAUUCCAUUUUGCUCCAUUGUGUGCCUAAUGAAUACACACUGGGCAUAGCGUCAGAGUUGUUUGGAGAGUUCAAAGUUCACACUUAGUAGCAGAAAAUGCUUUCUACGCCUUCACAGCUGCAAACAGAAGACACCUGUACACCAGGAAACCGCGGUAUAAUGUGCACCUUGCUAGCCGACACUUUUGUAAAUAACUGUACUGUAAAUAACAGACAAAUACACUCAGAAUCUGCCUUGUUUUAUAUACAUUUUUAUCUUUGAGUUUUUAUACAUUUUAUGUCCAAAAGCUGCCAAUAACUAGACUGGAAACUUUAUUAAAAAAGUACUGCAAUGCCUCGAGGGCAACGAAACUUUGUAAUAUAAAACGUCCCCCCCCCUGCUUUGUAUUGUACCAUGAUUCCAAUUCUACACCUUUAGGACCCUUUAGUGUGACUGUGAUACAUACUACAUUUGAUAGUUAUAUUUUCGUACGGAAAAUGAGUUCUCGGUAGAUAUCUCUUUAUCUCGUCCUUCUUUUCUUUCUCUCUCUAUCAAAACAUUUUCCUUUCUCUUUAUUUCUCCCCAUUUGUUUUAAGUAUUUGUAACUGUCGGGUGCAUAGACCUUUCUGGGUGAACGGAUAUAAGAUGGUUUUUUUUUCUUCAUUCAUAUAAUUUACAUGUAGUGCUCCAACUCAGCACUUUGAAAUACCUCAUUUUGACAAAUAAAUAGACAUUGAAAAUAAA